AUGAAACUGUACGUCGUGGCUGCCUUAGCCGUGGCUGUCGGAUAUGCUUCUGCUGCCACCAAGUUUGAUGACAUCAAAGAAAUCUACUCAAACCCUCUAGCACAUGGAUUCGGUGAAGAUAUCGAUUGGGUUCCAUGGGAGGAUGCUAUUGAGAAAGCUUUAGAUGAUAAGAAGCCAAUCUUCCUUCUCAUUCACAAGACCUGGUGUCACGCUUGCAAAGCUUUGAAGAAAACUUUCCAACAGUCUAAUGCUCGCAAGGCUUUCAAGACCCUCUCUGAGUACUUCAUCAUGGUUAACACCGAAGACGAUGAAGAGCCAUUCGAAGAGGAAUACAGACCAGAUGGAAAAUACAUUCCAAGACUUCUCUUCCUCGACACCAACGGAGAUCUUCUUCCACAAUUCAAGAACAAGAAGGCUGAGUACAAGAACUAUGCUUUCUAUUACUCUUCCCCAUCUGAUAUUUUGAACUCCAUGAAGGACGUUCUUGGACAUUUCGGAGUCGAAGUACCAGAAUUGAAGAAGGGAGAUAAGCUCAGACCAAAGAAGAAGGAGAAGAAGGAAGAGAAGAAGGAAGAGAAGAAGGAAGAGAAGAAGGAAGAGAAGAAGGAGGAGAAGAAGGAGGAGAAGAAGCAAGACAAGAAGGAGAAGAAGUCAGAACUCUAA